GUUCCGGACGCCGAGGGGCAGGGAGACAAAAACAUAUUUCCCGUGCUGGGAGUUCACGCGUCGACGUCAACCCCGUUCUCGCGGUUGCGCUGGCCCGUCUCGAUCGUGUGCCACCGGGGAGACGGGGCGGGGGAGGGACGCCGUUGAACGUUCGACGCGGUCGGGAAAUGUCGACAGCGCUUUGUCGACGGGCAUCGAAACGGCGCCGUGGGGGAAAGAAAAGCAGGCCGCGCUGGCCGUCCGUGAGGGUCAGCGCCUGGGUGGUAGCUGGAGGCAGGACAGCGGAAGAAGAAUGGAGUGGAGACGACGUUUCGUUUUUCAGAACGGUAGCGUCUUGUGCACAGGCGGCGCUCCCAGCUCACAUACAAGGCGUAGAGAAAAAUGAGUAGCGAGCAGCAGCGGAACUGUCGAUCGUCAGACGAGAGUCUCCCUUGACUCUUUUUUUUGUUCCUCUCUGCUCCGUGUACAGCACUUCUCCUUGUCCUUGUCGUCGCCAUCGCCGUCGUGUGCUGCUUCUUCGUCACCUUCUCCUUUUGUCGUCUCGCCGGUCUUUUGUGUCGGUCCCGGGCCGUUUCGCUGUCACCGAUAACAUCUACGCGUCCUUCCCAUACCGGGCGGAGUUGGAUGCGAUCGUACCCGUCCUGAGGUCACUUCGAACGGGGGUCGUUCAAGGUUCCGACACACCUCUAACACGCGGAGAACAAACCAACAGCCAUCCACGCUCGCUAAGCCCCCUUGCCGUACACUGUCGCACACACACACACACAUACUCCUCAUCCUCUCCACCUCGUCAUCGUCUCCAUCCUCAUUACCUGUGUUCAGAUUGUUCGCUCUACAUCUGCUGCUGUGCCCGAGGUCGCAGCGCCCACCAUCUCCCCAUCCCUCGCCCUGUGCUGUUCAUGCAACGCCCGGCCUGCGCGCAAUCGAGCCCAGUCGGUCCUCAGCCAAUUCGCAGCUCACACGACCUGCAGAACCGGCCUCUGCACAGCCCUAUUCAUAUCCUUUGCCGUACAACUUCCCAUCUUCACCUCCAACCGAGCAUCGUAUAAUACCGGCACGAUAUAGGCGCAACCCCCCAGCGCCUCUUUUCUCUAUCCGUCCCCAAGUCGCUGCAAAACCUCCACCGUGGCUUCCAAGGUUCGAUCGUUCGAGAGCAGAGACUCUCUGCUCGGCAACGCGCCUGAAUUCGAUCGGAGUUUCACCCCUCGCUCAGACUUCGGCCACUACCAGCCUGAUAUGCUACCCGAUCAGCCCAAGUACUAUAGGCAAGAUUUCGCUACACACAACGCGCCCGCCGGAGGCUAUCUUGACAGGCAAGGGCUGGCUUCCGCUGGUACGUCGGCAGGGUUGAAACCGAGCAAGAUGUACAUACCCAACACUUUCUGGACAUGGACCUUCAUGCUCGUGGCGCUCAUUCAGGCCAUUCUGUCUCUGAGCUUAGAAGCGUAUGUCUUUGCAAAGUUCCAGAACGGCCUUAUCCCGGCUGCACAGCAGCAAGGCGGUAGCGACGUAAAAACGAUCCCGACCUACCUCGCUCUCCUUAUCUUCGGCUUCGUGUACGAGCUGCUCCUCGUCUACGAUGCCCUUCGUGCCAAAAACACCAUCCAGGUCAUCGGCAUCGUGGCCAUGAACUUGGCCAUCAUGGUCUACACAGCCGUGCAGGGCGACCAGAUCCACGACGCUUUCUUGUACCUGACAAGCCUGCGCUUGUUCUUGAAGAACACAAACUUCUGGAACGAUGUCAGGCCGUAUCUCAUUGCGUUGCCGUGUCUGACGGCGCUAGGCACCUUUCUGCUUGCGAUCUGCGCCUGGAAGCUGUACGAGGAGUUUGCGUGGACCAUUUACAAACAGAUCAGUGCCGACGUGAGACUAAAGAAUCGAUUCCUCAUCUACCAGAUCUACAUCGCGCUGCUCAAGUUCGACUUCUUCUUGUUCCUGGGUUUCAUCAUUCAGUUCCUCGUCAUUGUUCACAACACCAGCGAUGCCGAGUUCUACCUUACCGUCGCCGCCCUUCCCGUCACGCUGGUCAUGCUUCUACUAGCAGCGUGGAGCACGCAGCGCGAACAUUUGAUUGGAAUGAUUGUCACAAUCUUUAUGUACUUUGUCGGCCUGGCCUACUUCAUCUUUAAACUCGUACGCAUGUACGCAGCUGACAGCCAGCGUCGGUCCGACUAUGCGCCUGCGCGUAAGACGCUCACAAUAUUCGCCGUAAUCACCAUCGUCUUCCUCCUCAUCACCAUCGUCAUCGCAUGCUGGUGUACGCGCAACUUUAACAAGGGUCUGAAACCGCACAUUUCCAAGAGCCACGUGCUACGACAUGCUGAUGCGAACGCGGAUAAGCUGUACAUGAACGACGUGCGAACAAAUUAUACUGAUGCACAGACGGGCCUGGGUCCGUCGAAUCCGAGCGGUGGACACAGGAUGGAAAUCGACUGAGCGAUGUUAUGAUCUUCUCGCACGAGCACUCUCCAGGCACACGAGAAGGAGCAGACUCCGCGCACAAUGUUUUUGAUCUCACGAACCAUUUACGACAGCCAUCUAUUCAUUCAAUAAUUCAUCUAUUAGCACAGCAUGCUUACCAAAGCAACAAAGAAGACUGCGCAUUUCCCAGGAAGGGUUUACAACGGGCUUAGACGAGGGUGAGGUCAAACGCUCUUCCAAUUGUUCUUUUGUUUUGGGUGUUCAUCUCUCGACUCCCACAUUGCCAUAUCUUGACCUGGUUUGCUCGCUGUUUUGCCUAGUGCAGGCUUAUACCAUUUUGGAAAUGUACUGUAGCUUUAUGCUCCUCGUCGUUUUUCUUUUUUUAACCUGCUCUACCCCUCCAUACCCAUGGUUCAACGGCGUGUUGGGCGGCGUUCGUGUACCAGCAAGGUUCUGGUGUAUUUCUGUCUCCUUGGAGGAUGAAAAACGAACGGGUUCAGAAUCUACCUCUUUGAUAUGAUUGGGUAGUACGAUUGUAAGACGAGCCUAUGGUAUUUCCUACUCAAAAAAAAAUGGAUCCAUAUCUGAAACUACGAUGUGAUUUUAU